AUGAAGUGGAAGAGCCUGGCAGGAUUGAUCGUGACAUUUUUCCUGUAUUUGAUGAUCGGAGCUUUUGUCUUCAUUGGUAUCGAGAAGCAGCCGUACAUGGCCAAUCUGACCGAAGUGAAGAUGAAUUUUCUUCGGGAUAAAAGUGGCUCCAUCGCCGCCGAAGAUCUAGACGCUUUCGUCGAAGAAGUCCUGCAAGCAGCGGGGGUGAAAACAGCCAAACCUCCGUCCAACUUUACAGCCGAGCCGUGGCCGUUUUACGAGGCUCUUUUCUUGUGUGGGACUAUGGUCACCACCAUAGGGUACGGACACAUCACCCCCAAAACAGUGGGUGGUCAGAUCUUCUGUGCCGUGUACGCUCUCUUCGGCAUCCCGGUAACACUGUUCAUGCUGACUGGGAUAGGAGAGAAACUCAGCAACGUCAGUCGCUUCGUCGAGAAAAAAGUCCGGACCAGGGUCUCCAACCAGAAACUCAUCCGCAUCAUCAACCUGCUGACCAGUCUUGUCUUCGGCUUGGGAUUAUUUUGUUUCCUCCCCGCGUACCUGUUCACCAUCGUUGAGGGUUGGGAAUAUCACACCGCACUGUAUUUCGUGUUCAUCACUCUCACGACAGUCGGCUUUGGUGACUAUAUCCCCGCCCAAAACCACCUGGACCACCACGCCCACGACGCUACGUACAAAACCGCGGUUUUCUGCUGGAUUAUUGUCGGACUGACUUUCCUUGCCGGCAUGUUUAAUUUGAUUUCUGAGGGACUGAAGGAGUUGAAGAAUAAAGUUGAAGAUGCGACCAUGGCGAAUCUGAACACGGUGAAGCGGCUGACCACCAUGGCGAUAGACCGGGGGAAGAGCCGGGACCCUUCCCCCUGUAGAUCGUCCUCUGACCUGUCGAUCAGCCAACAGCCGAUCCUAACCAGCCUUGUGUCGCCUGCAGGCACGGAAAACCAGCUGAAGGUUCCUCAGGAAGUAAACAACGGGACUUCCCAUUAG